AAUCACGAGCUGCAUGACGCCUCUGCAAGUCAACAGGAUGUGCCGAUCAAACACAGAAACGGAUUAUUUUUAGAAACCUAUCACGAGGUGACAUUGCAUGUGGAACACAUUGAUGAGAAAUGGCUGCGAUAAAAUCCACAGCAUCUGUGCCCAUGUACUGCAGCUUUGAGCCAAACACAAACCAAUGUUACAGCCAUUACUUGUUGACUGACUGACUCCUAAAUGCCUUCCCCCACCUUAUAGAUUCAGGGUCAAAAAUUGUCAUUUUAGAGUCGUUCUAUCCUGUGACUGGUUGCUGCUUACACGCUACACCCAAGAGUGGGUCGAAUCUGCGCCGGCAUAGUUUACUGGGUCAUAUCACAUGACCUCCAGAAAUAGCCUCGUCUGCUCAAACAACACACGUAACCGCGUUUAUCUUCAUGGAAAAAGUACUAGUCCAGAAGUAGUUCAGCAGAAGCGAUGGCUUACGUGGCGCCAAAGGUGAAGUGGCACAAGCCAAAGACGUUUCGCAGCGACGUGAUCGCCGUAGCCAAGGCCACAGGUUGCGUCCUGCGGUUUUGGAACUCCCUGCUUGUGGGCGACGAGCUGACGCUGGUCAGCAUAAUGGACGAUGAUGAAUACGUCUACCUGAUUGACGCCACUUAUGACACCAGCAACAUAGACGAGUGGACCAACUUCAGAUUUAACUACAGAAGCUUGAGGCUUUGGUCGCUGACAUACGAGCAGGAGCUCACGACGCCGCUUCACAUCACGGCUGGUCGAGGCUUCAGCGAAUGCCUGAAACACCUGCUGCAACGAGGAGCCAGUGUGGACCUGGCGCCAGGUGGCAUCACCGCCUUGCACGAGUCCUGCGUCCACUGUGAGCCAGAGUGUACCAGACUGCUGCUAGUCCACGGUGCCAACGCCAAUGCUGUCUCAGAGGACGGCCGUAUGCCUUUGCACUUGUGCUCCAGCCCUGAGUCCUUCGAAUGUGCCAAGUACCUCCUUCAGUAUGGCGCUGCAAUCAACGGCCGUACUGUGGAUGAAGACGACACUCCCUUGCACGUGGCAGCCAGGAACGGUCUCAGAGACCACGUCCAGCUCUACUUGCGCUACGGAGCCGCUGUGGACAAAAAGAACGACGAAGGCCUCACGCCCCUGAACGCUGCCUGCUCGCAGCCGCAGGAGCUGCAGGACCUCCAGCGCUACUUCAACUUGUGCCAAAUUCUGAUCAAGGCCGGGGCUGACAUCCACACUACAGACCAGGACAAACAUACGCCAUUGCACAUGGCGUGUAAGAAUGUCAAUGCAGACUUGGUUGAGCUGCUGUUGGCCAACGGGGCCAGCGUGAAUGAAAUGGACUAUGGCGGUGAAGCCCCGAUGCACAACAUCCUCAAGGUGGUUUGCUACAAGCUUGCCCAUAGUCCUGAGAGGGUUGUCCGUGCCCUGCUCAAUCACGGCUCCAUCCGUGUGUGGCCCGGAGCACUUCCCAAGGUUCUGAGGCACUGCUCUCAAUCGCCGCGCACCAUCGAAGUGCUGCUCAACUCCUACAGUCAACUCAAAGUCACCGACACCUGGGUUGAGUCUGUACCGCCAGAGGUCUUUGAGGCGCACCAGGAGUUCUACGAGUCUGUCUUCUCCCUAGCACGGACUCCUCGCUCCCUGCAGCACUUGUCACGAUGCAAACUGAGGGUCUAUCUGGAGGGAAGACUCAACAAAGUGGUCCCAAGGCUCCACUUGCCAACCUUUAUCAAGAACUACUUGCUUCUGGAUUUCAGAGGUUAUGUACACUAGUUAACUUAAUAAGUACUUUUCAAGAGCCUGCUGCUGCUAGAGAUCAAUAUUGCACGAGUUUGAUUGGUCUUGAUUUCAGCCUUUAAGUUUGCUUCCUUUUGCACCACGAGAGGGCGCUAGAGACUUAAUCUGAUGAAGUAGAGUAUUCUCGGUGCGCAUCCUCGUUUCCAUCGAUCCCAACGUCAUUCAUCGUCCAUCUCCGAACGAACAUAUGCUCACUUCUAUAUUAAUCACGUUUUGCCUUCGUACUUGAUAAGCCUCUUUCUAUUUUUUUUUUAACCUAUUAAAUGUUCUGAUUUUUAUGUGAAUGUCCACUGCGUGUUCUACUUUGCCAAAUUCCAAGCAUUUAAUUGGAGGGUCGUUUAUCUGCAAUAAACUUGAAAUUGAAUUGGACACGAGGAAUUCACUUGGUUGUCUUUCAUUUUUUUCUUAUAUUUUCAUUUGCACGAUAAUUUUGCUCUAUCUUUAAAGUCAAAAUUUAGACCUAAAUUGGAUGAAUGCUCACUGCAUAGUUUUCACUGUGGAUGAGAACGUUUUUGAAGACCAGCAUACAUUUGAAUUGGUGUGAGGAAAACACAGUCCAGGUGAAUCUUCAGAAAUGAAUAUCAUGGAGGUGUUAAUUAAUUUCAGUAGUUUUGUUCAAAACGUCAAAACUAAGAACUGACGCUCACAAUUAUGUUUUGAGUUAGUUCUUGUUUUUUUUUUAUUUUAUUAAUUAUAAGCUUUAGACGGUAUAUUAAAACUAAUCAAAUAAAACCAUGCAAUCGUUUUGUGUAGUGACCCCGUAUGAGUUUACUUUUUGAUUUUCAAUGUUAAUAGGUUUCCCAUGGCAUUCUAAUUUAUUGCGUUGCAAUUG